GCAGAGCAGAUGCUGCAGUGAGAUGCCAAAGCGGCUCCCCUUCCUCUGUGCCUUGGGUGCCUAUAAAUUGCUCCGGCGCGCGUUUGUCAGCCUCCUCUUCUCCUGGCAGGUGGUACCCAGGCAGAAUUCUGCGUUCAGUCUCUCUCUCGCUCCGCUCCCGGCCGUGAGGCGCUCGCCGCUGCUCACUAGCUCCUCCGCUCCAGCCCGGAGCCUCGCCGAGCUGACCGUGCCCGCCGCAGCUGCUCCGCGCACCCGGGGGGCGGCUGGCCCGAGCUCGCGCCGCCAGCGCCGGGCGUUGGGGGUGCGCGUCUAUUAGAGUUGUGGUGGUUGCAAAGGAGGGGGAGAAAGGCAGUGGAAGGGCGAACAGAGCAAACGAAAGAAGAAAAGAAGGAGGCAGAAAAAGGCAACUUCAGACGGAAAGUUGGUGCGAACUGGCGCAGUCGGCAAAAACGGAAAAGUCGAUCGCAGGCGGCGGCUGCAUAAAAGUGUGAGCUGCCCGGGCCAGCGCGAGAGGCGGCGGCAGGCUCUGCCCUUCGGGUGGCCGCGCCGGCGCCCGCGGCAGCCACAGGUGCGAAGGGGCUCGCGGCAGGCGUGAGGGCGCCCUGUGCACCCCUCCCCCAGCCCCCACCCCGCAGCCCGGGACUUCAGCUCAAGUCACUUGGCGUCUGAGCUCCCUCCCCAGCCGCAGCUUCGGCAGGGGGGAGCGGGAGCGGGAGCAGGCGGGGAGCGGCCGGCGCGCGCCCGCCCAGGGGAGUUGGGGUUCGCAGGGGGUUGUUUUCGGCUCUGAGGAGGUCCCCGCCCAACCUUCAAAAUUUUGUCCAAAAGCAGACAAGAGGAUCGCCCCGCGCUGAGCCGGCUGGUGGGCAGCAGGAGGCGCCUGAUCGCCGCCGGGGCGCUGGGGGUGGUGAUGGUGCUGCUGCUGGUCAUCCUCAUCCCGGUGCUGGUGAGCUCGGCCGGCACGUCGGCGCACUACGAGAUGCUGGGCACCUGCCGCAUGGUCUGCGACCCCUAUGGGGGCACGAAGGCGCCCAGCACUGCCGCCACGCCCGACCGCGGCCUCAUGCAGUCCCUGCCCACCUUCAUCCAGGGCCCCAAAGGCGAGGCCGGCAGGCCGGGGAAGGCGGGACCGCGUGGGCCCCCCGGCGAGCCUGGGCCGCCGGGUCCCGUGGGCCCUCCGGGCGAGAAGGGCGAGCCCGGCCGCCAAGGCCUGCCGGGCCCGCCCGGGGCGCCCGGCCUGAAUGCGGCCGGGGCCAUCAGUGCCGCCACCUAUAGCACGGUGCCCAAGAUCGCCUUCUACGCCGGCCUCAAGCGGCAGCACGAAGGCUACGAGGUGCUCAAGUUCGACGACGUGGUCACCAACCUCGGCAACCACUACGAUCCCACCACGGGCAAGUUCACCUGCUCGAUCCCGGGCAUCUACUUCUUCACCUACCACGUCCUGAUGCGCGGAGGGGACGGCACCAGCAUGUGGGCUGAUCUCUGCAAAAACAACCAGGUGCGAGCCAGCGCCAUUGCCCAAGACGCUGAUCAGAAUUACGACUAUGCCAGUAACAGUGUGGUUCUUCAUUUGGAGCCAGGAGACGAAGUCUACAUCAAAUUAGAUGGCGGCAAAGCCCACGGAGGGAAUAACAACAAAUACAGCACAUUUUCUGGAUUUAUUAUUUACGCUGACUGAUCACGCAGAAACUAAGCUUAUUAUUCUGAGUUUGAACGCUGGAUUCGUAUGGCUAACGUCCGUGAAUCAAGGAUCCCAGGGGAUGCCGGUUGCGGGGCACCUCAGUUGUGUAUAUGUGGGGAAUUCAAAUGCUACCUGACUCACAUCUGUAUACGCAGAAACAUUAUGUAAAAAAAAAAAAAAAAAAAAAAAAAAAUUAAAA